AUGAGUGUGACGGGAAGGUUACUUGUUCUGUUUGCGCUCUGUUCCGUGUGCUAUGGAAAUUUGUCCGGCUUCGGCUACGAGCUGCUGUCCGCCCGGUUGAACUCGAUGGAGGCGAUCGAGUCGGAUCUGCUCACCUUCACGAACGAUACCGUGCGUCAGCUCUCCAAGAUGGUCGAUCUGCUCAUGAAGCUCCAGGUGAAUCCGUCCGGUACGGGGGCUCGCAUAGCCGGAAGUAGUGCUGCUCUGGUGCCGCUCGCAGCUUCUUGUCACGAUAUUCCAUCGCGCUCGUCUGGGAUCUACCAGAUCGAUCCGGAGCACCCGUUCCGGGAGCCGAUGACGGUUCUCUGUGACCAGCAGUACGAAGGAGGCGGUUGGACCGUGAUCCAGCGGCGCAUCGACGGCUCGGUGGACUUCUUCCGGGACUGGCAGGAGUACAAGCGAGGUUUCGGGACACUGCACGGCGAGUUCUGGCUCGGAUUGGAGCACAUCUACCGCUUGACGAACGUCGCGCCGCAUGAGCUGGUCGUGCUGCUGGAGGAUUUCGAUGGAGCUAAGGCCCAGGCCCGAUAUAACCGGUUCCGCAUAGGUGCGGAAAGCCUUAACUAUGCGCUGCUGGAGUUGGGAACGUGUGUUUCUUGCAGCGCCGGCGAUGCAAUGCGCAUCCAUCUGAACGAGAGCUUUUCGACGUUCGAUCGCGACAAGAGCAAGGCAGCGUUCAACUGCGGCGCGGUGUUCAAAGGUGCCUGGUGGUUCUACAAGUGUCAUCGCAGCCAUCUGAACGGGGUUUACUUAAAGGGCAAAUUGACCGAGGCCCAGGACUCGCAGGGAAUCAUGUGGAUGGACUUCCGAGGGGACAAGUACUCGCUAAAGUCUUCCAAAAUGAUGAUUCGACCGCUCAGGACCAACAAAUGA